UUUCUCUUCCUCCUUCAGCUCAGAGUUUCAGUUCAGAGUGAGGACAGGUCAGGUCAGCAUGCUGCUCUUCAUCCCGCUCCUCUUCCUCCUGGGAAUCCCCAGCGCCGCUCCAGCCCUUCAUUCUCUCCAGUACUUCUACUCAUCGUCUUCAGGAAUCCAGGGCUUUCCUCAGUUUGUCACUGUAGGUUUGGUCAAUGGAGAAAACUUCGUCUACUAUGACAGUGAGAUCAGGAGAACGAUUCCUAAACAGCAGUGGAUCGAGGAGAGUGAAGGACCAGAGUACUGGGAGAGGGAGACUCAGCUCUUCAUUGGUACUGAGCAGACCUACAAAGCCAACGUUGAAAACGUGAAGGGGUACUUCAACCAGACUGGAGGUGUUCACCUUUACCAGAACAUGUACGGCUGUGAGUGGGACGAUGAAACAGAUGAAGUUCGUGGAUAUGAUCAGUACGGAUAUGACGGAGAAGACUACAUCGCUCUGGACCUGAAGACAGAAACCUGGAUCGCUCCGGUUCGUCAGGCUGUUUUCACCAAACAGAAGUGGGACAAUAACAAAGGCUGGAUAGCUCAGGAUAAACACUACCUCACCCAGAUCUGUCCAAACGGGCUGAAGAGAUACCUGAAGGCUGGAGAGAAGACCCUGAUGAGGAAAGACCCCCCCUCGGUGUCUCUCCUCCAGAAGACCCCCUCCUCCCCGGUCAGCUGCCACGCCACAGGCUUCUACCCCGACAGAGUGGACCUGUUCUGGCAGAGGGACGGGGAGGAGCUCCACGAGGAGGUGGACAGAGGAGAGAUCCUCCCCAACCCCGACGGCAGCUUCCAGACCAGCGCGGACCUGGACCUGACCGGGGUCAGGGACGAGGACUGGCCCCGGUACCGCUGUGUGUUCCACCAGGCUGGAGACCAGGAGGACGUCGUCACUCCGCUGGACCGAGGCGCUGUUCUCAGCAACAGGAAGAAGAGGAACGUCAGUCCAAAGAGUCCCUCAGAUGAAGGAGAUGAAGGCUUCCCCAUGGCUGCUGUGGUAGCAGUGGUAGCAGUGAUGGUGGUGGCCAUAUGCGGCAUGGUGGGAUACAUCUGCUGCAGGGGGAGAUGCUCUCGCUCUUCCUGUGUUUCAGGGUUCAAACGCGCCAACACCUCUGAAACGUCGUCUUCAUCAGGACAGUCAGCCGGGAACAACGGGAGCGGCGAGGAGCAAGGCAUGCUGCAGCCCACUGCCUGAUGGGAGGAGUCAGAGGCUCCCGUCUGCUGAACCCGGGACCAGGGGCCCGGCUGAUCCUGGAUCCAGGACCCGACCUGACUUUGUUGUGGCUUCAGUCUUUCUAACUGGACUUGAUGUUCAGGAUUUGUCUUCACUGGACUGAUGGAGAGAAAAUCUGAUUGACUCUAUUUUCCAUGAAGCUGCUGUUUCUAUUGAUCCAUGUAGAACCUGGAGAGACGAUGAAGCUCUGGCUUCACUGUGACUCUGUUUUCUGUCAAUGUUUCUCCUGAAUAAGAGUCAGGAAGUGAUGAUGAUGAUGAUGAUGAUGUAAUCCAGGAAGUCUCCCCUGAUUCCCUCCAGACUAGAGAACUGAUCUGUUCUGCUGAUUUUCUUCACUUCCUUCUGAUAUUUCUGGGUUUGUAUUGAUCUGAGAUGGGGAAAGUUUUAUUUGUUAAUUAGACAUCAGAAACAAGUAUGUUUUUCCUUUAAUCAUCAGUUCCUCACGUUCCUUUAUGUCUUGGUUUAAUGAGUGUUUUGCUGUUUCUCUCUUAUUUAUCCUGGUUUUGAUCCUCUGAAUAAAGUUCUCUAUAAUCCAG